AUGGUGUCUUACUUCACUUUAGAUGCCACUGGUGAAGUGACAAAUUUUCAGAAGGAAAUUUCAAAUAUGAUGCACGGUUGUGGUGAUAAUCCAAAUCCAAAUGCUGCUACAGUGGUUCUAGUAGAGAGUAUUGUUUUACAACAAUUGCGUUCCAUGCUCCAAGAAGCAUUAAAUCAUUCCAUUAUGCGAGGAGCUAAAUCUAUAUCAAACUUCGAUAUCAUAUACUUAAUGAGGAAGAAUCCUGUGAAGUUAAAGAGGUUGCAUGAUUAUCAAAUAAAGUUAGAAUAUAUAGAAAAAAAUAGUCAAGCCCAAGCUACUGUUAGCAUAUCUACAGCACCUAUUUUAGCAAGUGUAGAAGAUGAUAAAGAUAUAACUGCUAAAAAGAAACGCACACAUAUUGAAUUUAUCAAGGAACUUGAUGAAGUCGAUGAAGUGAGUCAAAUAAAGUUUGAUGUUAUAGAUUAUUUGCGUAAAGUAAGAGCAUCAAAGCUAACAGAAGCCAUGUCAUUUGAAAAAUAUGAGGCUUACCAUAAAGCACGGUGUAGUUCCUUCCGUGGUGGUUAUGGUACAAAUAAAGGUUUUAUAAAACUUGAAAAAUGGGUUAACCCCAAUAAAGAAUUAAAAAUAAACCUUCAAGCAUUGGAAAUACUUUGCUUCUUAGCUUAUGAGACAGUAGCCGAAAUAGUUGAUGCUGUUUUUCUAAUUAGGCAAGAUAGCAAAAAGAAAUCAGGUGAUCCAUUUAGUAAGUUUGAAGGUGGUUAUUUCUGUAAUCCCCUCAGUCUUAAUAAUUCGGUAUACAUUAAGUCAGGCUAUGAAGGAGUCCAAGCAAUUACAGUUGCAGAAGUUAGAGAAGUUUUAAGGAGGUACUUCACACCAAAAACUGGAAUGAAUGGAUUGUUUUACAGAAAUAUGAGCAAUGAUUUGCCAAUAAGAUAUAUUUCUAUUUAA